AUGGGUGCCCCAGGGGCUGUGGCUGACUGGGGGCUUCUGGAUUACAAGACGGAGAAGUAUGUGAUGACCAAGAACUGGAGGGUGGGCGCCCUGCAGAGACUGCUGCAGCUUGGGGUCGCAGCCUAUGUGGUGGGGUGGGCUCUCCUCGCCAAAAAAGGCUACCAGGAGCAAGACCUGGACCCCCAGGUCUCUGUCAUCACCAAACUCAAAGGGGUUUCUGUGACACAGAUCAAGGAGCUCGGGAACCGGCUGUGGGAUGUGGCUGACUUUGUGAAGCCGCCACAGGGAGAAAAUGUGUUCUUCUUGGUGACCAAUUUCCUUGUGACACCGGCCCAAGUGCAGGGCAGGUGCCCAGAGCAUCCCUCUGUUCCACUCGCUGCCUGCUGGGCCGAUGAGGACUGCCCUGAAGGAGAGACGGGAAUACACAGCCACGGCAUAAAAACAGGCCAGUGUGUGGUGUUCAACGGGACCCACAGCACUUGCGAGGUCCGUGGCUGGUGCCCUGUGGAGAGUGGCGUUGUGCAAGGGAAGCCCCUGCUGGCCCAGGCUGAGAACUUCACGCUCUUCAUCAAAAACACUGUCACCUUCAGCAAGUUCAACUUCUCCAAAUCCAAUGCACUGAAGACCUGGGAUGCCACCUAUUUCAAGCGCUGCCACUAUGAUCCACAUGGCAGCCCCUACUGUCCAGUGUUCCGCAUCGGGGACAUUGUGCAGGCGGCAGGCGGGGCCUUUGAGGACCUGGCAUUGUUGGGUGGUGCUGUGAGCAUCCGUGUCCACUGGCAUUGUGACCUGGACCCCGGGGGCUCCGACUGCCAACCCCACUACUCCUUCCAGCUGCAGGAGAGGAGCUACAACUUCAGGACAGCCACUCACUGGUGGGAGGCCUCUGGUGUGGAGGCCCGGAGCCUGCUCAAACUCUACGGGAUUCGCUUUGACAUCCUUGUCACUGGGCAGGCAGGGAAGUUCGGGCUCAUCCCCACAACUAUUACCCUGGGCACUGGAGCAGCGUGGCUGGGUGUGGUCACCUUCCUCUGUGACCUGCUGCUGUUGUAUGUGGACGGAGAAGCCCAUUUCUACUGGAGGACCAAGUACGAGGAGGCCAAGGCUCCGAAGGUGACGGCCAACUCUGUGCAACGAGCUGCCUUUCAUGCCCCCCUUAGCUGGGCUAGCACCAGCCCCCACCGAUGCUGCGGGAACCCUAACACUGACACCAGGCCGGCCCCAUCUGGAUGCUGACACCAGUGGGUCCCACCUGCUGGCUCC